AAGUGGUCAACAGACUUUUCACCCGACUUCCAUGCAUCAUGCACGCUCUGCAAGGGUUUCUGCUCUUCCAAAUUUUGACGCUUCUUGGACAUAAUGCACUGGGGAGUCAAAUCAUAAAAGGUAGAAAGGCUGAGAAAAAGCAGAUGAUGUAUAUGGCAUCAGUGCAAGACAACAAUGGACACAUAUGUGGAGGUUUCCUUGUCAGUGAAUAUUUUGUAAUGACUGCGGCGCACUGUGCUCCUAAGAAUCCUACAAGUGUUGUUCUGGGCACUCACAAUCUCAAGAAGGUUGAUGACACAAUGAGAUAUGAUGUGAAGAUGUGCAAACAUUCUUUUAAUGAUGUUCUAUCUGGAAAUGAUAUCAUGCUUCUCAAACUGUCCAGGAAAGCUCGCCUGGAAGGAAACAAAAUUAUUAAGCCAAUUAAACUUCCACAUCCGAAAAUUAACCUAAAGGAAAACAAAACCUGCAUUGUAGCUGGAUGGGGGGCCAUAAAAAGUAACGGUGAAAGUGUUGACGAGCUGCAAGUGGUGGAUGUCCCCAUCAUUAACAAGGACAGGUGUCAGAGUGUUUGGCAGAAUAUCCUUCCGGCUAAAGUUAUUUGUGCAGGUGGAUACUUUAAAAACAAAGGAAUCUGUCAGGGUGACUCUGGUGGCCCUCUGGUGUGUGACAAUUUGGCAGUUGGUGUCGUUUCCUUUAACAACAACAAAAUCUGCGACUAUCCGGAUGUCCCCAACGUUUAUACAGACAUAUCAAAAUUCCUUUCUUGGAUCAAACCCAUUCUUAAGAAAAAGAAAUGCUAUUAAUCUCUGGCUCUCUUCCACAGUGCAUCUUUUGUCCUACCUUCCUUCCCUAGGUUCCAAACAGUCAUGAUCAUUUUGUUAGACCUCAAUGGGAGUUUUUGCCAUAAUCAGAGCUAGAUUUUCACCAUUAGGGGGCAGCGUUCGAUUAACUUUUCACAAAUGUCAGAAACAAGAAAAUGGAGAGUUUGGUGUGAGAUCAGAAUAGUGUGUGGUAAGAACCAUUUACUUACUGAAAGAAGGUUCUGGGUUUAAAGUUCCUUGUUGGCCGAGGCUUUCUCCCAUAGUUUACCAACACACUUGUUUGCUUAAUUGAUGAUUUUAGAUUUUAGAGUGAAUGGUUUUCUGUCUCCUUGUGUUAUGCCUGCAACCAACUUGCAGGCUGUCCAGGAUGUACCUUCCCUCUCACACUAUGAAAGCCAACUCUUCCUUCUUGACACCAACCAACAGCACCUCCAACCUGUGAGAUUACUGCAGUAUUUCAUGUUUCCAUAUGAAUAUCAUUUAAAUUCAUUUCAUGAAGUGAAAUGUAAUCCUGAGUCAAGAUGUUCUGUUAUACUGUCAGGUGUCAGGAAUGAUUAAAUCUCUUUAAGCAUUUUGGCAUUACAGUGACUCCAAAAGCAAAAAAUAAAACCUGAAGCUUGAAACUGUAUUUUCUCUUACUCAUCUGGUUUUCAAAAUUUUUUGGGCAACUUUGCUGUGGGAACAUCCAAGGAACAGGCCAAAGGUUUUUAGUUUUUUCCACUUUACAAAGCAAAACGUUGCUAUAGAUACAAAAAGAAAAUUGCUUCAACCUAAGACCCGUGACGAUAGCCAAAAAAAAAAAAAAAAGUCUCGGAAAACAUGGCUCACAUAUGAGCCAAAAUAUAAAAUGCCCUAAUACUAAAACCAUGCAUAUAUGAAUUCAGUAUCUCAGCAAUGUUUUAGUUCUGCACGCAGAGCAUGCAAUAUGUCUAACACCUUGUGAAUAUGCAUGUAUCUGCAUUUACUGCUGUACUUGUGGUUGUUUGUCUAAAGCAAGUAUUUUUAGUCAGCAACAUUUUCUAAGCAUUUACAAAUGUUCAAUCAGAUUGAAAGAUGGGAGAUAAUGCUCGACUCCUAUCUGCUGUAUGCUAUGGGGUAAAUGUAACUGCACUAGUUAUUAGUAAGCCAUUGUUGUUUUAGUCAUUAGCCAGUGUGAAUGCAGUGUUUUCAUCUCUCUGGUGACUGUGGUUUUGUUCAUUCCAAAACAGUUUCUCACACUAAUCACAUGUGUUUUGGUAGCUUUGGCCUUUGCAAAUGAAUAAUGGUGUUUCUUUUUAUGCUCUUCAUUUCAAAAAAGUUGUCCAUUUAAAAUUAGAUAAAUUACAUUAUCUUUGAAGGUAAAAGGCGAGGUAAGAACUAAGAACGUUCACUUUCUGAUCUGAUAUCCAAGCUAGCCUAAAAAUGUCUCGUCUGAGAAGUGAUGUAAAAAAAGAAGGCUCAUUAAAAACGACUGUUUUUACACCAAUGUGUAGAAAGAAAAGCCAAAUACAACUUCUUCUGUUCCGCUAUUGGUUUCUCUACUUAAUCAAUCUGCUGAUUAACUCAUCUGCAGCUUAUCAAAGGCACAGAGGCUGAUUUUUUAAGACUGAAGAACACACUUAGAUGUGGGCAGAUCUUCGUGUCAGCCAGAUAAUGUACUCAGCCUCAAUCUCACCCGACAGUGCCAUUCUGUUUUAUUCACAGCUUGUAAAUAAACUUA